AUGGCUUGGAGAUCACAUGGCGCGACGAAUAACGAACUCGUACAAAACCUCUUUGCCAAUGGCUUGAUGAAAUCCACGAGGGUGCUUGAGGCAAUGAAGCACGUUGAUCGGGCUAAUUAUCUCUUACCUGGCACUCGAACGUAUGCAUACGAGGACCGACCUCGAUCUAUUGGCUUCGGUGCCACAAUUUCCGCGCCUCAUAUGCAUGCAAACGCGCUCGAAAACCUGCUACCUUUUUUGAAACCAGGUGCAAGAGUCUUAGACGUUGGGAGCGGUAGCGGCUACAUGCUAGCAUGCUUUCACCAUUUAGUCAAAGGCCCGGCCCCCAAUGUGUCACCGCCGACUAUCGGUUUCGUUCUAGGGAUCGAGCAUAUUCCUGAGCUUGCCAUACAAUCGAUCGGCAAUCUGAGGAAAGACGGCUUAGGGCCCAGCCUUGACAAUUCGGAAAUAAGUGUCUGCAGUGAGGAUGGAAGGAACCCUGAUCCGAGACAUGGAGGAGCAUGGGACGUCAUCCAUGUCGGUGCGGCUGCCCCAACUGUUCCAGAAUCCUUAUUGAACCAACUCAAUGCCCCUGGACGGAUGUUCAUACCUGUUGGCGAAGACAAUCAAGCAAUUUAUCAAAUCGACAAGCAUUCGGACGGGAGUAUCACUCAACAUGAACUAUACGGCGUGAGAUAUGUCCCAUUGACCAGUCUGGAUUCCCAGUUACAGUCUACUUGA